CGCACAAGCUUCAAGUAUGGCGCUGUCUGAUUGGUGUUUACAGAGGGCCAGGCCACUCGUAUUCUAAUCAUGCAGAAAACUUCCGUCUUCCACAAUCUGGCAAGUUAGCUUGAUAAAAGAAAACAGUUUUUCGGUUGAAGCUAGCAGUCAAGGGUAACCACAGACGCCUCCAAUCAGGCAUCGUCUAGGCUCCUUCCCUCAGGGUGGUGCAGAGACCGAGAGAGAGAGAGUGAGAUCCGCCUCCAUCCCCUGCUCCUCUCCACAAGGAUGACAAUGGAAGAGAUGAAGAAUGAAGCCGACAACACCUCCAUGGUCUCCAUGACCCUCUACGCCGUCAUGUACCCUGUCUUCAGAGAGCUGGAGAAUCUGAAUCUGUCUGCAGCACAGACCCUAAGGGCGGCUUUCAUAAAGGCAGAGAAAGAGAACCCAGGCCUCACGCAGGACAUCAUCAUGAAGGUUCUGGAGAAGAAGAAGAUGGAGGUCAACUUCACAGAGUCUUUACUGCGCAUGGCUGCGGACGACGUCGAAGAAUACAUGAUUGACAGGCCUGACCAGGAGUUCCAGGAUCUGAACGAUAGAGCGCGGGCGUUGAAACACAUCCUCAGCAAAAUCCCAGAUGAGAUCAACGACAGAGUACGCUUCCUCCAGACCAUCAAAGAUAUUGCCAGUGCCAUUAAGGAGCUAUUGGACACAGUCAACAUUGUCUUCAAGAAAUAUCAGUACCCGAACAGAAGGGCACUUGAACAUCAGAAGAAAGAGUUUGUGAAAUACUCCAAAAGCUUUAGCGACACGCUGAAAACAUACUUCAAAGACGGAAAGGCAAAUAACGUGUUUGCCAGUGCCAACAGGCUCAUCCACCAAACCAACUUGAUACUCCAGACCUUCAAAACUGUUAGGACUGCAUAGGACUUUUUUUUAAUUAUUAUUUUAAUAAAGAGAUGUUGAAUAGGAUCACGUUUAUAUGAGCAAUGUAAAGAUUUUAUGAGCUGUAUAAUUUAUAUUGGCACUGCUUUGUGGGGAGGGGGCUUUUUUUUCUUCUUUUUAUUUUUUUUAAUUUUAUUUGCUGGAGUGGCCAGUGUUAAUAUGAAUGCCCAUUCACUGGGCCCUCUGUUCAUGAAGUACCACUGGUCCAGGAUCAGUGAGGGCUGCUGGUGUGUAGGAAAGUGUCAUGAUGUGCACAGGCCUAUGACUGCUCCCAGAUCAGGCUCCACAAGCAUGGACCUGAGUCAGUAAAAAGCCUUUUGCAGAGAACGCUAACUUCACACACACACACCCCCCCCACCCCCACACCCCCCACACCUUGGUCCUGCGGAGUAGAACGGCAAACUCAGAAAAUGAAGAGCCUUAAAAAGAAAAACAGAACGUGAUGGAACAUUCCUUUAGACCAUGCUGUAAAUAACGUUUUCCAUUUUCUCCCCCCUUUCUUUUGACCCCUCCAGAGAUGGAAGGGGUGCAAGUUGAGUGUAUUUAAUUUGAUGUGUGGUCACAAAACUGUUCAAAUAAACAGCCUGAGUAUGUCAGAAAUUUU